GUUCAUGUUCGACUCGCGCGCCGCCGCGCCCUCAUCUUCUUCUCCUCAUCCCGCCCUUACUCCGGUACCUCGCGCCCUCAGGCAGGCCUGUCUUUACUCCUCUUUUCCUCCCCUGUACAAUACUCUCCCCUUCCUCUCGUCCCUUCUGAACCCAGAGCAGCAAGAUGCCCCGCUUAACCUUCCUCGCCGGCGUUUUCCUCGUCUCGCUUGGACUAGUGCCGCUCAUGACUACGUCUCGUGCUGCCGACAUCAGUGCCUUCCAAAGCUCUCUCGAACGGCGCUACACGACCCCCCACUCUCUUGGCAACAACUAUCGAUUCGACCCUAGGGAUGGAUGGCAAGCAGUCAACGUCACGAACCUGCAGUACAAGUACUCGCAAGCACAGACAGACGAGGACGAAGAUGUCGACGGCCCUGUAGUCCCCCGUGCCCACUCUCGGCGCUCAACCAAGAAGUCAACCAAGAAGGCCUCGAAAAAGACCUCGAAAAAGACGAACACGAAGGCUGCUUCCAAAGCUACUACGACAAGUUCGGCUUCCGGCGUCGGCGGCCUGGUGGGAUCUGUCAAGUCCAUCGUCGGAACCAUGAAAGCCGCUGGAGACUCGGAGCCUGUCACGAUUACCUGGUAUACCGGCCAUGACUUGGAAAACCCGAGCUGCUGGUCGAACCCUACCUGGGCGCCCACGGACGAUUCCAUGGUCUCAGCGGUCACGCUAGAUGGCUGGACGAAUCGACCUCAGUGCUUCAAGUUCGUUGAGCUCUGCCACACGAACCAGAAAUGCGUGUUUGUACGCAUCGUCGAUACCUGUGCAGGCUGUGCGCCUGGUUCGAAGCACGUCGACCUCACCAAGGCUGCCUUUUCAUCGCUUGCGGAUCUCAAUGAGGGGACACUCACGGUACAGAUGCGCCCGGCUACCGAUCCAUUGGAAGGAUGGCUGGAAAGUCUCUGGGGACCGAAGGCCUAAGAGCUGGUCACCGGGGCCGCGGCAACCCAUUGAAGAACCAGGACUAAGCUCGCGCUGGCACGCACAAGAUACUACGGACAACGUCAACGGACGACACCUCCUAGGAUGUAUCGAUAGACACUAGAUCUGUACUACCAUUCUGUGUAUUGUACUUUUGUCACUACGCCUUGAGCAACCUAUAUAUACU